AAAUAAGGUUAGUAAUAUUACAUUUUGAGAAGAAGAAGGUUGGCAACUCUUGACUGCUUUGUUUUAUUUAGAGCACAGCGUAAAUAAGGAUAUAAAAUGUUCAAAGAAUUAACAUUUAUUACAUAAUUUACAACACUGAGAAACAAGCACUGAUAUAAAUAUGAGUCAAGCCAAAGAAGAAAAAAAACCUCCCAAAGAUGAAUGGAUGGUGAGACCAUGUAUGAUAUAUAAGGCCGAAUACGAUGAUUGUACCAGUAUAAGAGCUCGUUUCCAUCAAUAUUUUGUAUUUGGCAAAACGAUUGAUUGCAGUCAAUGGAAAACUGAUUAUACCAACUGUUACGAAUGGGAGAAACAUAAAUCAGAAAAAGCAUAUAAAGAAUUGAUCAUGAGUGAAAAGCAACGCAGGAUAGACCGUUUACAUGCCCAUUAUCAGAACGACGUAUGGGAGAAAAGAGAAAAACCACCAGAGAAUUGGAACGCUCCUCUACCUGAAUGGAUGCAGAAGGAGUUCAAGAAUUCUUAUCUGCAUAUAAGAAGCGAAGAGUUAAAACAAGGUAAUGAAAUACCAUCUCAGCUUGAUUCGAGAUGUACUAUAUUAUGACAAUAAGCAGUGGAUUAGAUCUUUAUAAGAUUAAGUAUAGCAUGUACAAUUAUGUAUAUAUGUAUUUAAGUUAUAUAUAAACCAAAAAUUACAUGCAACAAAUAUACCAAA